CAGGAAGUUAACUCACAACAAAAUUUCCCGAUCUAGGUCAUCUGUUCCACGGUAGCUAACAAUACAACCGUAACGGGAAAAUCGUCGACUUAUUUGAGUCAUUUUAAAAACUGUUUAAGUAAAUUAUUUUGUCACAGCUCAGAAAGCGUGCCAAAAAUUGUAUGACAGCAUGGCGUCUGAGUCAACUUCAUCAGGUGCUAUGAUAGACAUAACUGUCAAGACAUUGGAUGGUCAAAAUCGCACCUUCACAGUACCAGAAAAUAUAAAUGUACGCCAAUUUAAGGAAAAGAUUAGUGGAUCAAUUGAAAUCCCGGCAGACACACAGAGGUUAAUUUUUCAAGGGCGGGUAAUGCAGGAUGAAAAAGUUUUAAAGGAUUAUGAUAUUCAUGGAAAAGUUAUACAUUUGGUCCAAAGGCCACCACCUUCAAGUUUGCCAUCUACAAGUACAUCAACUACUGAACCUUCUUCAACUGGACCAGGGAGGCCACAUACACAUAUUGAUGGUAAUUUGUUUGAUGUUCAAAUUCACCUUGGCCGAUUAAGUCAGAAUGUACCUAAUUCAAGAGAGGCAAGAGCACGGAUUAGACAAGCUGACUUUAACCUUGGUCUUAUAAAUAGUGCACUGACAGCUCUGGAGCGUGCGCAGAAUAAUUGCCAAGGGCAGGAGGAUGCUUCCCAAGCUGGAUCCUCUUCUAGUAGCCAGCCAGCAAAAAAUGACAACCAACCAGAAGAGAGUAUGGAAACUGAUGCUGAGAGACCUGAUCCUGAAGGCAGCAGCACUCAGAAUCUUAGAGCUGCAGAAAGUUCUGGAUCUGUCACAGGCGAAGGGAACUUGCUUGCAACUGAACUUGCAGAUUUUUUGGAUAGAGUAUUAAGUACCAACAGGAGAAUGACACCACACAUAAUCAGAUACAGGGAUUACUUAAGAAAUGAAGAGAGCUUCUCAGAGUCCACAGAGUCACAAAAUGCUCAGGAAGUUGUGAACAGAGUGACAGAAGCCCUGCAUGCCAUGAGUCACAUGCUGCAUAGCCUGAGUGAUGUCACCGUGGACAUGAGCUCAGGUCUUCCCAGACAAGCAACAGCACUUCCUUCAUCUCCUUUUCCUAUCCCUGGUACAACGAGCAUGGCAAUUCCAAUUCACAUGAAUGUGCGAGCUAGGCAAAAUGGCAAUGGCAGUAGACAGAGACCAAGUCAGUCGGACCAGACAACAACAGCAGCAGCUGCCACAAGUUCCACAUCCAGUUCAGGGGCUCCUACACAAAGCUUUAGCGGUGGCACAACCACAGUUAAUUCUGCUGGACCUAGUAUGGGUCUUGGGUCUUUUCAGAUUCCCCAGGUGUCUAUACCUUUGCCACCUCACUUAGCUUCAACAGGUGAUCCAACUGUGAUGGUAGAGGUAUUUCCAACAGGUGUGACAGUUCAUGACAUUAGGGCUGUUGUCACUCAGGAAGUACCAGAUGAUGAUGAUGCUCACAAUGACCCCAAUAAUGGAUCAGGAAAUAUUACUGUGGUUUCUGCAACUACAAUUGAUCCUGUCGUUGUCACUGCAUCAACAAACUCUUCAUCUGCCGCUUCAACCCCUUCAUCAGCUGCACCGCCGCCGCCACCAUCUACUCCACGAACUACUGACAAUCCUCAGUUCACUUCAACCUCCACCACAUCCACUUCAACUUUCACCUUUAGCCCAACCACAGGAGUUAACAUGGCUGGUAUGCCUGCAAAUAUUGGCAUAGGCCAGCUGCCUAAUUUGCCAGGCCUGCCACCAGGAAUGCUGCAAAAUAUUUUGGGAUCCAUUUUGAAUUCACAUGGGGUGAGACCUGGCCAGCCAGUGCAAGUGAAUGUGCAACAAACGACAGCUUCACCAGUAGUUGGUCCAAGGUUACAUCGUCAAGCACGCCCACAACCAAAUCCUGAGGAUUUGCCAGUAGAUGAAGACAGAGGUGGACCAAGCAGAGAGAAUCACCAUCACGUUGAAGGUAUGACAACACAAACGCGUGUGGAUGCAUCCCAUCAAGUAACCCCCACAGUUAGUGCUGCUAGCACAGUAACACACAAUGAUAUUGCAACAAACACAUCUGACACCAAUACUCCAAGUACCAGUGACUACAGCCCUCUUACAGGGAACCACAGUUCUAAUGCUUCACCUGUCACUGUGAGUGGGGGAAGAGAGUUUGGCAAUUUGCGAAACAACAUAGGAACAAGAACGGAUCCAACCCCAGCCGCCAACAGUCGCUCUGCCCGCACACAUUUUCACAUUCACAGACCACCACCUGGAGGACCCCGUGGUCAAGGCCCAUUACCACCUCAUGGAAGGUCUAUGCCUGGGGGUCUUCGACCAAGUGGCACUGGAAAUCUCCUAAAUCGUGGCUAUGUUGAUCCUUACCUUCCAUGCUCUUCCAGCCAUUACAAUUCAGAGUCUGCAAGAGCGGCAUUCAGAACAAUACAAAAUCAAAUACAUGCUCGUGGACAACAGCAGGCGCAACAAGUCCCCAACCUAAGUACUAUGGUUUCAGGAAUGGUUGGUGAUAUCAUAGAACAAGUUGGACAAGCAGCACUCAAUGGUGGUAGCAGAACUAGCACUACAGCAACUGGCACAUCAUCAACAACUACAACCUCCACAUCUAACACAAGUAGCAGCAGGGACAGUGGCCCACGUCCUGUGUUAAUUAAUCCCAUGGAGAUGUUUUCCAACUUCAUGUCUAGUGGGGUACUUGGUGGCCAGGGUACCUUUGAUAUAGGAGCCAUGUUAGGGAACCUGCUACAACCCAGAUCUGCCCCUCCUUCUAAUGAAAGCAACCCUGCUGCAAGAAAUACAUUGGCACAUUUCUUCACUCAGUUUAGAACUGGUGAUAGUGAAAGUGAUGGUGCAGAAACCAAUGUGAUCAUGGGGCUAGUGGAGGCUAUUGCUCCACACAUGGGACUCCCUGAUCUGUUCUCCCUAGUCACUGGAAACACACAGGUGUUAUCACAACUUCAGAGGCCCCUACGCGAGUUUGUUAGAAGCAGGGUGACACAGUACACCUCUAUUGACAGAGUAGUGGAAGUAACAUUAGGUGAUAUGAACACAGAGAUCCAGUUUUUGCAGAGUCUUGUGGAAGUACGCAGUGGAGUUAAUAUGGCUGCAUCAGUACGCAAUUGCCUGUCAAACCAUCUAACUACCAUCUUUAACACAAUCAAUUCAGAUAUUCCUGCAGAUGAAUUUGGCAGGCAGCUGUAUUCUCUUUGGAUGAAAAUGAUGGCUGAGACUAUAGGACUUUGUAUUUACUGUAUUCGUAAUGGACAAUCAGGGUUUUCAAAUAUGCUGACACGUUAUAUGCCAAGGAUGACACAGGGAAUGGAUCCAACAAUAACAAUGUGGAUGACUGGAUCAUUGCAAGAGAUCCUUGGUACCUUUCAUCAGAAUCACCCAGUGCCAGAGUCUGAUAUCAUGCGUUAUAUUGUUAGAAGUGAUGAAGCCUCUAAUACAGUGGAAAGAACAGUCAGUGCAGCCGCACCUGCAGGCAGUCAGACUCCAAGUUCGAAUAAAGCCGGCACCAAACAAAAUGCAGAUUUACAAAAGUCACCUCCAGCCCCUAUGGAUUUAGGAGAAUCCCCUUCAUCCCAGCCACCUAGGGCUAAGGUACCAAGGACUGCUCCAGAAUCUGAAAAUGAUGCAAAUGAUAUUUUUGUUGAUGCCCAGGAAACACUAGUCAAUCAGACAACUAGACCAAGCACCAUCACAUCAAGCAGUCGAACUAGUGUGUCUAACACAAGGCUGAGGAGCAGUAGGGUUUCUGAUGACUGGCAGUCUGUGAUACCUCAGGAUUGGAUUCCUGUAAUUAGUCAAGAUAUUGUCAGGCAGCAAGAGCAGAGAACACAGUCACCACUUAGUGAUGCCUAUCUGCAAGGUCUCCCUGCAAAACGCAGACGUAUGAUGACACUUGAACACUCAGGGGAAAUGGGAAACAUGCCUCAGUACCUACCAGCAUCCUUAACUCGUGCUGCAAGAGCUGCAGGUGUUGAACCCAUCAGCAGUGAGGAAAAUCUCAUACAGGAGGCUUCAGAUAAUAUAGAACUCCAAGCAGACCUUGAACAAGAGGUGACUGCUAUUCUGGGUGCUAGAAUUGCUUCAGACAGGGAUUUCAGUUCAGAGAGAUUCCCCAACAGCAAAGAAUAUUUUCACAAAUCCAAACAGCACUAAAACUAAAAGACCUGAGUUCCAGAGUUUUGUAAUUGUAGAUACUAAAUAUUGAAAGACUUUUUAACAGCAAAUUAUGUUGUGUAUGUCUGUAUGACACAAAGUAAGAAUACACACAUUUUUCUUUUUAUUUUAUGGUUUGGUAAGCUUUAUUUUAAAAACGGUCUAAGGAAAGAAACUAUUAUACCAUUAAGUUUACUUUAGUUUCUUAUUUACUACUGUCAGUUAAUUUUAAAAACUAAACUUUUUCUCUGAAAAGCUACCUUUAAUUUUUAUUUCUCAUUAAAUGGAUGUAUUUAUUUAUCUUGGUGAUUAAUAAUAGUAUACUGGAUUUUCAAUAAUAUGAACAUCUUGUAUAUUUAGCUUUGAAAUGUCUCAUGCUACAAGGACACCAUUUAUUUUCUCAUUGAUUUUAAAAUUGUCUUAAUAUAAAGUAAAGUAAAAAAUUAUGUACUGUGUUUUGUUAAACAUGGGAGCACAAAAAUUAACCUUGCUGUAAGUGUAAAUUAUGUAUGCCAGCCAAAGUUCUUUUAUAUUUAAACUCUAAUUACUUCAAUGAAUUAUCAAAGAACAUGGGCAGUAAUAAAGUAGGCAAAGCCAUCCAAUGGUCUUCUGACAUCGUGCAACUGUAAUUUAAGUAAUGGUAGGCUACCUACUCGAUUGUGAUUACUUACUCCAGUUGUUUCUGGAGUUUGAAGGUAUUUUAUUAAACUUUUAAAAAUCUAUCUUG